AUGGAUAAUUAUAAGAAAUACCUCUUUGAUGAGAAAUUUCAGGAACCUUAACCUCGCAACACCUAUUCCUUUUAAGCUUAAGAAAGCUAAGAAGAACAAUAGAUUGAAUCAAACUUUGAUGAUGAGUAUAAAAGGGAUUUUCUCUAAAACCAAAUCAAAAAUGUGAAAGAGAAACUCAUCAUGAUGGGUUUUCCACCCUUAGGAGAUUUGUAUAGUAAUAAUAACACAGAAGUGGAUCUCACUGUUAAAUUAUUGGUCUCAUUUAUCAAACAAAGAAGGGAGGAUAUGGAUUUCAAGAACUCAUAUCAUGAGAAAAUGAGUAAGAUUGAGGCAGAGAAAUAACAAUUAUCAUAGAAUUUGGAAAGAGUUAGCAACAGUCGAAAAAUACUUGAAUAAGAAAAUACUAAUUUAUAGGCGAAAAUCAAGAGUGCAGAGAAGGUCUAGAAGGAAUAAGUCAAUAAAUUAAUGGCAGAAAAGGAAGACUAUUAAAAAUAAUUAUCAAAAUUAUAAAGUCGUUCCACUUAAUUUGAACAUGAGUUAAAGUAGCGUGAUCUUGAGAUUUAAAAGAUUAAGGAGCACAUCAAAAAACAAUAGUCAUCCAAAACUUAUAAAAAUAGCUUAGAAAUUACAUAGCCAAUAGAAUAGGGAGGACCUAGUUUAUUUGCUGCCAAUGGAGAAUAUGAGUUUAGUUAGGUUGUAAUGAAAAAAUGGGAGGAAGUGAAUAACAAAUUGUUAAGGGAAAAUGAAUAAUUGAGAGAGAACCUCAUUAAAAUUCAUAAUGAAUUAGGCGAAAUCCUUUAAAUCAGAAGGGAGGUUUAUAUAAAGAGAAGGAAAAUAGAUUUUGGAGAUGAAAAUAUCCCUUAGGAAUUGGACAAUCCUUUAUAAAAUAUGCAUCAGUUUAAGACUGAUUUGUACAAGGCUCCCCUCGAAACAAAUGGUAAACAAGCUGUCCAAAUGCUAACAGAAAAUCUAUAGACUUUUAAGGAAUUGAUGAAGAAAUUCGAUUAAUAGUAUGAGUUGCAAAUGAAUGAAGAAGAUAUUGAAAUUGAAGGAGAAGGGGGAAAGAUUAAGGCUUGUAAGAACUUGACAGAAUUAUUUAAGAAUUAUAAUUAUAUUUUCGACGCAUAGGAUAAGAUGAUUAGUCAAAUAAUCAAUAAGAGUUAAAACCUCAAGAAAAUCGAUGAGUUAAACUUUAAUUUGAAUCGAUUCAAUAGAGUGUUGGAUGAUAAAUAGAUCGAUGAUGUUAAGAAGUAUUUGCAGGACCAAAAGAAAUAUUUGGAUGAGUCCAAGAAUGAGAUGGAUAUGAUCAAGAAACAAUUUUAAUAGUAGUUGAAAAAAAGGGAGGAGGAAAAAUAAAUAAUUUAGAUGAAAAAAUAGAUGCUAGAAGAGACUAACGAGAAGUUUAAAGAAAACAUUAGAUUAUUAGAAAACGCAAGCAGAUAGGCCCUUUAAUAACUUAAUUAAGAAUACAAGUGA